AUAGUAUUUACAUACAUGGCAUCUGAGCAGUGUGGCAUGAACCAAAGAUGGUCCCUCAAGGGGAUGACAGCUUUGGUGUCUGGCGGAACCAGAGGCAUUGGGGCUGCCAUAGUGGAGGAGCUGGCUGGGUUCGGGGCGGAGGUUCAUACCUGUUCUCGGAACCAGAAAGAGCUCGAGCAGAAGGUGCAGGAAUGGCAGGCCAAAGGCUUCAAAGUUUCAGGUUCAGUCUGCGACUUGGCCUCUAGAGAACAGAGACAACAGCUCAUUCAUACUGUAACUUCUGUUUUCAAUGGCAAGCUCAACAUCCUUGUGAACAACGCUGCAAUUAGCAAGCUUAGGAAAGCAAAGGAUUAUGAGGCAGAGGAGUUGUCACGAAUAAUUCAAACAAAUUUGGAGUCACCCUACCACCUGGCACAACUCACAUACCCACUCCUCAAAGCCACUGGAAACGCCAGCAUCGUCUUUAUUUCCUCUCUCGCAGGCCACAUUGCACUGCCUGCAAUCUCUGUUUAUGCAUCCUCCAAAGCUGCUAUUAAUCAGCUUACAAAGAAUUUGGCAUGCGAAUGGGGAAAAGAUGGCAUCAGAGUCAAUACUGUUUCUCCAUCCGGUGUACGGACAACAAUCAUGAAACCUGAGGAAAUUGAUCCAUCUAUAGCGAAAAUGUAUGGUGAAAUUAUGAUGAGAACUCCAUUGAAGCCAAUAGCAGAAGCUAAUGAGAUAUCUCCAUUGGUAGCAUUCCUUUGUCUUCCUGCAGCUGCUUCACACAUCACUGGCCAGGUUAUCCUCAUUGAUGGAGGCUACACAGCUGGUGCCUUCCACUUCUAAAUUUCUUUUUAGCACUCAUCACACAAUCACUUAUUUCACUAUAUGUACUCAUCCGGUUCGAUGGCACAGUGAAAGAUAUAAUAGUCCUGCUCUUGAAUUUUAAAAAUAAUAAUAAUAAUAAUUUCUACA